UUACUUCAAGAUGGUCUGAUUUAAUUUGAUUAUCAAGAACCUGUUAAAGAUGGGUAGCUUAACCCGGUACUUGUAACAGAAGCAAUGGAUUUGUAUGACGUCAUCGUAGUGGGGGCUGGUAUUGAGGGUUCCUCGACAGCAUACCAUUUGGCAAAACAUGGGAAGAAAACGCUGUUGUUGGAACAGUUUCCACUGCCUCACUCGCGUGGGAGUUCCCACGGUCAGAGUAGGAUCACGAGGAAGGCGUACGGGGAGAUGGAACAUUACACGUUGAUGAUGAAGGAGUCGUACAAUCUCUGGGAAACUCUAGAGAAGGAGUCGGGGCGAAAGAUUUUCAAGCAAACGGGGAUGUUGACAAUGGGGUCAGCAGACGACAGGUUUACCAUGGGAACGAUCCGAUGUCUGCAACGUCAUGAUAUCCCACACACCGUACUGGACUACAAUCAAAUGAAGAAAGCGUAUCCUAUGGUUGAAUUUCCAAAAGAUUUUACGUUUGUAGUCGAUAAGAGUGGAGGUAUUUUAAUGGCGGACAAGGCCCUGAUGGCGUGCCACGACAUGUUCCGUCGUUACGGCGGGACAAUCAGAGAUGGGGAGGAAGUGUUGGAGGUAAUUCCGGGAGAUAGGGUGGAGUUACGGACCGCUACCAAUAGAUACAGGGCAGGAUCGGUAGUCCUGGCAGUAGGAGCGUGGGCAACAAAACUGUUACCCAAACUUCAAGUUCACCUGCCAAUAAAGGUCAUGAGGAUUAAUGUCCUCUACUGGAAGGAGAAGGUCAGUGGUAGAUACGGUCCUGACAAGUUCCCUGUGUUUCUACAAGAGAAUGCUUAUAGUGGGUUU